AUGUCGCAUUCCCACUCCCGUUCCUACUCUACUGGUGUACCCAAUGCCGAAGACAGUACGCCUCAACGCACUGUGGGUCGCCCGCACGCCGCGGGUGGCACCGAAGGCCCCCGUUUUUCUCCAUACCCAGCUCCGUCUGGGACCUCUCGCGCAGCGUCGCGCACACAUACCCCUGUCCAUGAGGAUGAGAUGAUCAGGACAUCGAUCUUUGACAUCUUCACCCGGGACCCCCACGCCGCGGUCUCUGACCAAGGCCUCCCCAAUCCUGCCCAGGAUCCCAACGCGAUGUGGGGGGACGAUGAGGGGGAUCUGAGCGAUCUCACUGGCGACAAGCAGAAUUCGAAUGCAGUAUCGUGCGCAGAGACGCCGGUCCCUGUACCGAAUACGAGGGAAUACUUCCUCACCCAGCAAUACACGACCUUUCGUGCACGCGAGGUGGACGAGGAAGACCCGAACUGGAAGUACACAGCGGAGGACCUCAUUACGGCGAUGCGGGACUCCCUGGAAAACAUGACCAUAGCAGUCACGACGAACUGGAGGCAACUCCGGCAGACCGUGGCCCAGGAUGUCGAGGACCUCAACCCUGACGCCCUCAAUCUCAAAUGGAGGUCGAUUGUCGCGGCGAUGGGCAGCCUCCAAAUCUCAAUCAACGACAUAGUUGGAGUUGACGUAGCAUUGCAAAACCCGGCUCUCUCUGUUAAGGGACCUGUCGACUGA